AUGGCGCAGGGAACUCAAUCCAUAAAAUGCGUGGUAACUGGUGACGGUGCAGUCGGCAAGACCUGUUUGCUUAUAUCCUAUACUACAAAUGCCUUCCCUGGUGAAUAUAUCCCCACCGUCUUCGACAACUACUCCGCAAGUGUGAUGGUUGACGGAAAACCCGUCUCUCUCGGCUUGUGGGACACUGCUGGUCAGGAAGAUUAUGACCGACUGCGACCGCUUUCAUAUCCCCAAACCGACGUUUUCCUGAUAUGCUUUUCCAUCGUCUCUCCUCCUAGUUUUGACAACGUCAAGGCGAAAUGGUACCCCGAGAUCGAACACCAUGCACCCAACGUCCCUAUCAUCCUGGUCGGCACCAAACUUGAUUUACGAGAAGACAAAGGCACCGCAGACAACUUGAGGGCGAAGAAGAUGGAGCCGGUGUCCUACGAGCAGGCUUUAUCCGUUGCCAAGGAAAUCAGGGCGGUCAAAUACCUGGAAUGCUCUGCAUUGACACAGAGGAAUCUGAAGAGCGUAUUUGACGAGGCGAUUAGAGCGGUGCUCAAUCCCCGACCCACUGCGACCAAGAAGAAAUCUCGGUGCACCAUCCUCUAG